GAUAACGUUCUACCUAAUAAUAUCCCAGUAUUUGCUGGUGAAUAUGUAGAAUAUAACCUUUUUAUAAUGGGAAGAGAUGAAAAAAUCUGGGGAGAAGAUGCAAAACAGUUCAAUCCCCAAAGAUUUUUAGACUCUGAGGAUGGUUUAAGACCAAAUAAAUUUAAGUUUGCCUCCUUUCAUGCUGGACCUAGAACUUGGUUAGUAUUACUUACAAUCAGUGUUGGGUUAUGA